AUGGCGGCCCUGGCAUCUAUGGUCGGUCGAAUCUACCAGGCAUUCAGCCCACCUCAACCGCCUCCUAAGCGCGGAGACGCUCUCAAGUUUGGCAUUCUCGGAGCGGCCAAUAUUGCACCACUGGCUCUGAUCACUCCGGCGAAAUCUCAUCCUGAAGUCAUCGUCCAAGCAGUGUCGGCUCGUGAUCGGAAGAAGGCUGAGGAGUUCGCAAAGGCCCAUUCCAUCCCGGAAGUCAGAGAUUCAUAUGAGGACAUUCUCAGCGAUCCCAACAUCGACUGUGUUUUCAUUCCGCUGCCUAACGGCCUACAUUUUGAAUGGGCUGUCCGAGCCAUUCGGGCCGGUAAGCAUGUGCUGGUUGAGAAGCCAUCAGUGUCCAACGCGACCGAGGCGGAGAUCCUCUUCAACCUCCCAGAGUUGUCGCAGCCAAAUGGUCCUGUCAUUCUCGAGGCAUUUCACAGUCGCUUCUUCCCGGCUUGGUCCUACUUCCGCUCUUUAAUCGAUCCGGCCAACAUUGAGCAUGUCAACGCAGUCUCGAUGAUCCCGUGGUGGGGGACCAGUAAGGAUGACAUCCACUUCAACUACAACCUCUCGGGUGGAAGCAUGAUGGCGAUGGGCACUUACAACAUGGCUGCGCUGCGGAUGGCCUUUGACGCUGAGCCUGAGGAGUGUCUCAGUUGCGAGGUGCAUGCAUACACGGACGGGGUCCAUGAUAAGUGUGAUUAUGACUUUCAUGCAACGUUCCGAUUUCCCAACGGUGCUAUCGGAGAGGCUUCAAGUACGUUGAAGGGGCCUACGUACUGGACUCCUUCGCAUGUCACCGUGACCCAAAAAGAAGUCAUUAUCGCAGAUGAGACUCUCCCUCAAACCCAAGUCAAAGUUCAACAGCGUCAGCUUACCCUCCACGGCUUUGUGCAUGGGAUCUUCUGGCAUCGUAUCGAUAUCAAGGACAUCUACCAGGUCCGGAACCGAGAUACAAGCAAGGUUAUCCGUGGAUGGGAGCAAACAACCUACCAUAAGGCCUACACCUUCAAAGAGGCUGGAGGGGAAUUCGCGGAUCUUCCCGGUGAGCCUUUCUGGAUGUCUUAUCGACACCAAUUGGAGCAAUUUGUCAAUCGAGUGAAGGGUCGGGAGACGCAACAUUGGAUUAGUGGUGCCGACUCCAUUGCCCAAAUGAAGAUGCUGGAUAUGGCUUAUGAAAAAAGUGGACUCGGCCGUCGGCCCACAAGUUCAUUCCAGGUCAACAAGUCUUAA